UCGCUCGCUCGCUCGCUUUCUCUCUCUCUCCCCGACUCCGAUCAAAUACUCAAACAUGGCGGAGAAUCCGUCGACGAUCUCGUCCCCAAUCCCAAUCCAACACCCCAAUCCCAUCGACUCUUCAAUUCCUCAAAACUCCGUUAACCCUAACAUCCCUUCUCCUUCUAAUAUCUCCCAAUCCCCUUCAAUUGAUAACCUCCCGCAACAACAACAGCAAAUCACAUCACAACAACUACAAUGGAUGCAACAAAAAUUUCAACAACAGCAGCAGCAGAGAACGGCGUUGAUGGCGAGGUUGAAUCUGCAGCAGCAGCAGGCGGAGAUUUUCGGAGGGGGACAACAGCAGCAGGAGCAGAAUCAGCAGCAACAGAUGGCACUGUCUGCCGCGUUUAUCGGUCAGACCGGGCACCUGCCCAUGUUGUCCGGCCAAGGUGCGGCGGUUGCUGCCCCACAGUUGAAUUUGCAAUCCCAGUUGUUAUCGAAACUGCAAUCUCAAAGCCUUCCAAGGACAUCAUUUAUGAACCCCCAGUUAUCUGAGUUGGCUCAGAAUGAACAGCAGGCCAUGAACUCUUUGGCGCAGCAACAAUUGUUGAAGCAAAUGCCAGCUCUGUCCUCUCCUAAUUCCCCUUCAUAUCGUCUUCAACAACAGAUGCAGCAACAAAUACUUUUGCAGCAACAAUUGGCUUCUUCUUUGCAGUUGCAGCAAACUUCAAUGGCAUUGAAUCCACAACAGUUAUGCCAGCUCAUUCAGCAACAGCAACCAAAUAUACAGCCGCAACUCCAUCAACAACAACUGCAGCAGCAACAACAACAACAGCAGCAGCAGCAGCAGCAGCAACCAUCACCUCCACCCCAACAGGUUUUAAAUGAACAGCAGCAGCAGUCUCCGAGGAUGGCAGUGCCAGCAGGCCAAAAAUCUCUAAGUUUGACAGGAUCACAGCCAGAUUCUACUGCAACAGGAACAACUCCUCCGGGGGGGAGUUCUAGUCUAGGAACAGAAGCAAGCAACCAACUUCUUGGGGAGAAACAGGAUUUGGUUUCACAGGUGGAUUCACAAGGAAAGUUGGACCCGGAUGUUGAAGAUCUUCUUUUGGAGAUUGCUGAUGAUUUCAUUGACUCGGGUGACAAUGCUUGCAAGUUCUUUGACUGGGUUGACUUGCCCACAUGUGAGAGAGGGAAGGAAUUUGGGAACCGGAUAUUGAAGAAGAACAUGGAUUUGCAUAAGAAUGUUGAAGACUUGCAUAAACAAUUUCUAGAUUUGAAGAAGACAGAAAUAGAUUUGAAGGCAGAAAUCCGAGAGUUGAAGGAGAGGGAAAAUGUGUUCGGACUUAAGAUGGAACAGUGGCAGAAGAGGGAGGAGUGGCUUGUAAUGGAGAUCAACUAUAUGAUUAGAAAAUUUAAGGAGAUGGAAGAUCGGUGUACACUGAAGAUGGAAGAGCGGAAGAACAAGGAGGAUUGGAUUAUAUUGGAGAUGGACGAGGUAAUUGAGGGUGAAGGUGGAAGAGGUAGAAGCAAAGAAUGUGAGUUUGAGAGCAUGGACAAUGUGAUGUUUUUUGUUGGAAUUUUCAGACCAAGAGAAAUAGAAAUGGACAAAACGAGACAUUUUUCUGCAGGCUUACCUUCAACUUUUGAAACAUAUUACCCACAAAAAGAAAUCCCAAGAAAGCGUGGGGCAAAAGGUCGGCCGUGUAGCAAACACCUACACCCUCCAAAUUUUCCCAGUAACCAAACACAUCCUAGGGAAAACAUGGCGGAGAAUCCGUCGACGACCUCAUCCCCAAUCCCAAUCCCAAUCCAACACCCCAAUCCCAUCGACUCUUCAAUUUCUCAAAACCCCGUUAACCCUAACAUCCCUUCUCCUUCUAAUAUCUCCCAAUCCCCUUCAAUUGACAACCUCCCACAACAACAACAGCAAAUCACGUCACAACAACAACAACAACAACAAUUGUUGCAACAACAAUUUCAACAACAGCAGCAGCAGCAGCAGAGUAAUAAUAAUUUGAUGGGGGGAUCGAAUUUUCAAAUACAGCAAGGGCUACAGAGAAAUGCGUCGAUGGCGAGGUUGAAUCAGAUGCAGCAGCAGCAGCAGUACGGUGUGGCGGGUGUGGGGCCCGGUGCGAUGCGGCAGCAGGCGGGGAUUUACGGGCAGAUGAAUUUCGGAGGGGGACAACAGCAACAACAGCAGAAUCAGCAGCAACAGAUGGCGCGGUCGGCCGCGUUGAUCGGUCAGACCGGGCACCUGCCCAUGUUGCCCGGCCAAGCUGCGGCGGCUGCUGCACAGUUGAAUUUGCAAUCCCAGUUGUUAUCGCCAAGACAAAAAACAGGGCUGGUACAAGGAUCCCAGUUCCAUCCGGGAAAUUCGCCCGGGCAACCUUUGCAAGGAAUGCAAGCAAUGGGAAUGAUGGGAGCGCUCAACUUGAGCCCACAAAUUAGAGCAAAUGGAAACCUUGCAUAUUCCCAACAGCGGAUGAACCCUGGGCAAAUAAGGCAGCAAUUGUCACAACAAACUGCGCUCGCCUCAAAUCAGAAACUGCAAUCUCAAAGCCUUCCAAGGACAUCGUUUAUGAACCCCCAGUUAUCUGGGUUGGCUCAGAAUGGACAGCCCGCCAUGAACUCUUUGGCGCAGCAACAAUGGAUGAAGCAAAUGCCAGCUAUGUCCUCUCCUAAUUCCCCUUCAUAUCGUCUUCAACAACAGAGGCAGCAACAAAUGCUUUUGCAGCAACAAUUUGCUUCUUCUCCGCAGUUGCAGCAAACUCCAAUGGCAUUGAAUCCACAACAGUUGUCCCAGCUCAUUCAGCAACAGCAACCAAAUAUACAGCCGCAACUCCAUCAACAACAACUGCAGCAGCAGCAGCAGCAGCAACAACAACACCAGCAGCUGCAGCAACAGCAACAACAACCAUCACCUCCACCCCAACAGUUUUUAAAUCAACAGCAGCAGCAGUCUCCUAGGAUGGCAGUGCCAGUGGGCCAAAAGUCUCUAAGUUUGACAGGAUCACAGCCAGAUGCUACCGCAUCAGGAACAACUACUCCGGGGGGGAGUUCAAGUCUAGGAACAGAAGCAAGCAACCAACUUCUUGGGAAGAGAAAGAUACAAGAUUUGGUUUCACAGGUGGAUUCACAAGGAAAGUUGGACCUGGAAGUUGAAGAUCUUCUUUUGGAGUUUGCCGAUGACUUCAUUGACUCGGUAACUACAUUUGCAUGCAGUUUGGCAAAGCAUCGGAAAUCUUCAACUCUAGAAUCCAAGGAUGUGCUGCUACACCUAGAGAAAAACUGGCGUUUGACCAUCCCUGGUUUCUCAAGCGAAGAGAGAAAAUACCAACAGAAUCAUCCAUCAAGUGAUCUCCACAAGAAGCGUCUCGACAUGAUACGCGCGUUGAUGGAGUCUUCACACUCUGAAGCAAAUAUGAAUAACGGUAAAGAGGUAGCCAGACCAGGGCUCAUCAAUCCAGCUGGCACGAACCACUUGAUUAGACCUUCCCCGAGUUCAGAUCAGUUGGUUUCACAAUCAAAUGGUCCUCAAAUGCUGCAACAAGUAACUCGGUUUUGAUGAAAUACAUAACGCCUUGGAUUCGUCGUGGUGUACACGGAGCUUCUUGGUUUGAAUGGUGAAAGAGCAAGCUGUAGUUAAAGUGGUAUACAUAUGAUUUAUGAGAGAACUAUGAAGAAGAAUCAGCUAAUGACAAUCUGCUAAGCGAUCAUUGAUAUCAGUUGAAGAUGGAGUGUAUGAUUAUCCCAUUGAGUUCAUUGUGCCAUGGAGCAGAGCAGCACAAUAUAAGUUACACUGGAUGCACAUGCACUAUUUGAUGGGUCCCAGUUUGCAAAUUUAGGGUACCAAAAUAAUCCAGAUUAUUUUUAUUACCUCUGUUUAUUACCCCUUUUUCUUUUCUUUUUUUGGUUUUUCCUUUUCUUGUAGGCUUCCAAUUUGUACCAAAUCAUUUGAAUGAUUAGAUUACUCGGACCGAUUCUGUACAUCGGAUGGUUAUGAAGAUUUUUGUAGUGUGUUCUAUUACUAUAACUUUCAGUAUUUUACUAUAUUUUAUUUUU